AUGUCAUCGGGAACAGCGAUUAGUACAACUUCUUUUACCACGAUGCCGACAACCGAUAAUUAUGUAUUAGAUUAUACAGAAAUCGAUCAAGGUCUCAAUCUCUGGUCUGAGAUACUUCCAAUAAUUGAAAAACAAAUUGUUACCCUUACAAAUGUGGCUCAGGAAAUGCAAGAAUGCCCGGAACGUCAAAAAUAUGUCGACGCACUUACGAAAAUUGCUGUACGAGUGAACGAUGUCGAAGACAAAGCAACUACAUGUAUUAAAGAAGCACGAACACAAUUAAAAAAGAUAAAACUUGUUGAUAAAACUAAUGAUACUCAAGACAAAGUGAGUCAUCCAAAAGUUCGGAAAGAUCGAGAUAACGAUGAAGACUCGGAUGAAGAUGAAGAAAAUGAUAAUGAAAUGGAAAUUGAUGAAUCACAAAUCGACGAGCAGAUUGAAGUUUCAGCAUUGAACACCGAAAACUUAGAAAAAUUAGAAAAUCGUUUAAAUAAAAUAUUGAUUAAACCACCGGAUUCAAAUGAAUCUAAUCUUGAAGCUGAUAAUCGUUAUGCUGAAUUUCUUGAAUAUAUAUCCAAAAUGCAAGAUGUUGACGAUGACGAAAAUGAAGCGAAUAUUGUCGAGCAAGUUGCUUCGAACAAAUGCCCAUUAACACAAAAAACAUUUGUUGAGCCAGUACAAAAUAAAAAAUGCAAACAUAAAUAUGAGAAAAAGGCCGUACUUAAAUAUAUUGCUGAUAAAAAUAAAACGAACCGUUCAGCCAAAUGUCCAUUAGCCGGUUGCAAUACUAUAUUGAAUGAAAAAGAUCUUGUCAAUGCUUAG